AUGAAAAGGAUUCCUUACCGCGUCAACUCACAAAACUCAUCGGUUGGACUUUGGUAUAUGACAAUGAUUGGAUUAUUGACAUUAAUGUAUCUGAUUUUCUAUCUAAUAAUUUUCAUAAUUGGUGAUAUGGUCCCGUUUCAUCCAAUCAGUAAUUCAAUAGAUUAUAUAUUGAGAAUCGGGGUGGUGUUGAUUUAUGGUGUGCCUCCGUUAAGUAAUAUAUUGAGGUAUCUCGAGAAAAAAUUUGUUGGGGACAAGUUUUCUAUUUUUGAAGAAUUUGAAGGUGUUUAUUAUAGUAAACACAAUAGUAGUAUUAGUUUUAAUAACUAUCAUCAUAAUAGUAAACAUAAUAGCAUUAAUGUUAUGCGCAAUAGCCAUAUCAGUCAUAAUAGUUAUAAUGCUAUGCGUAGUAGUUAUAAUAGUGCUAUUAAUAUUGUUACAAGUAAUAAUAAUAGUAUUAAUGGUUGUGAUAUAGUAGAAAAGAAAGUGAUAGAAAAAGGAUAA